AUGUAUAUUUUUCUCUGCAAUUUGCUCUUUUGUGAGCUCAUUGGAGCUUCAAGUUUUUAUAUUAAAUUUAUGUUUGACCUUCAUACUAACAAUCAGGUGGUUUCUCUUUCUGCUUGUCUCACUCAGAUUUUUUUUAUUUAUGUUUAUGUUUCAGCUGAAAUAUCAAUUUUGACAGUCAUGGCACAUGACAGAUAUGUUGCAAUAAAUUUCCCUUUACAUUAUGUCACUAUCAUUUCAACCAGAAAAGCACAAAUGUUCAUUUCUGUUGCCUGGGUGUACUCAAUAUCUGUGAUAAUUAUGGGAGUCAUAUUAGCUGCUCGUCUUCCUUUAUGUGGCAAUCAGAUUGACUCAGUGUACUGCAGCAACUGGGAAAUUGUGAAACUGUCAUGUAUAGAUACUAGUACUAAUAAUAUUUUUGGAUUUUUGAUAAUUUGCUCUCUUUGCUUACCUUUAAUUUUCAUUAUAUAUUCCUACAUUAAAAUUCUCAUUGUAUGCUGGAAUAGUUCUAAAUCUCGCAGAUACAAAGCUUUUCAAACGUGUGUUCCACAUCUAGUAACAAUAUUUUUUUUUACAUGUUCGGUACUAUUUGAAGUAAUACAGAGCAAACUUAAUUUAAAGAGAGCAUUAAACACAUUAACUUUGUUUGCUUCUCUGGAAUUUCUAACUCUACCCCCUCUUUUAAAUCCAUUAGUAUAUGGAAUCAUCUUACCUGAGAUACGGAAAAGAUUUAUUUACAUUAUUUUCUGUAAAAGGAAACAAGUAAGAGUUAUAUGA